AUGUUCAACCACUACUCAGACGCAACUAAGGAAGCCUGUCCAAUAUUGGGUACUAUUACCCACUUCAACGCGGAAGCUCUGAGACGCAAUGCUGGCUGGUUCGAUCAGUACACCUGGGCGCUCUUCAAGGCCCUAUCUCACAUGCUGUGCAUAGGGUACGGUCGUUUUCCCCCCAACAGCCUCUCCGAAGCCUGGAUGACCGCGAUCAGCAUGAUGGCCGGGGCUACCUGCUAUGCCAUUGUUGUGGGACACGCCGCCGCCCUGAUUCAGUCCUUUGAUGUCUCCAAGCGCCGCUACAGAGACAAGGUACUACUUGCGUUUACGUGUUUGACAGGCUGA